GCCCGUAAUCAGUGCACAAUUGAGCUGAACGAUCAGUGAUCGCCAAAGCCAAGCACCGCUUAAUGCCAAAAUAAUUGCGCUCUGCGAGUUUAAAAGUCCAUUUGGGCACCAGCUUCCGGAACCAUAUAAAUAUCAGUGGGUGUGCUCCUGUGGCCAAAUUCAAACGCGUUUCGCACCCCGUUACCUGAGUGCCAAAUCGAAAAAUGUUGCAGAAAGUGUUGUUUCCGGUGUUGCUUUUGGGCUGCCUAGCAUAUGUGGAGGUCCUGGCCUGUAAUGGAUACAAGGCCAAGGUCGUCAAAAUGGAGAACUGUGCUGGCGAUGAUGCUAUCAUUUCCGUGGACCCCGACUUCUCCGUUAAGCUAAACAAGAAGUGCGAGCUGGUGCCCAUAGGUUGUGUUAACAACAAGGCCUUCACUACAGCCACGGCCAAAUACAAGGUCCAGAAGGAUGGCAUUGUGAUGAAGGAGGGUAAAAUGGAUUUGUGCAGUGCCGUCGAAGAAGUAUCCAGUGAAGCCAAGGAUAUGCUCAAGGUAUUUGGUGCGCCCUCCUCCUGCCCAGUCGCCGAGGAGAAGAUUUGCAGCAACAAUCACAGCGUCGACCUAUCGAAGUACAAGGCUAUGCUAAGCAUGGCUCGGGGUCACCUCAUCAUUGACUCCGAAAUCAAGCAUGAUACUGGAAAGUCCUGCUUCCAUGCUGAAAUCAAUAUCACCAAGUCCUAAAUCUACUAUAUUGUUCGAAUUAGGUGUAACUAUCGCACAAAAUAUUUGGCAUAAUAAAUUGGUAACAGUGUGCAAAGAAAUAA